AUGACUCCACCUGGACACUAUGAUACUGUGCAGCACUGCUUCACCUUGAUUGCUGCUAAGGUCCUGCCUGAACUGUGGACAAAUGUGACAGCAGGAGAGCCUAAACAAAUAAGGCUUCAGGAGAUCUGCUUGCAUCCACAGGUCAUACUCCAGGUACACCCGCACAUGCAGUUGGGUGUCCGUGGGUGCUGGAAGAGGGAAUCAGAUUCCUUGCUACAGGAGUUACCAGUGGCUAUGAGACACCAGAAGCUGAUGCUGGGAUGCACUCUUGCAAAGAGCCAUGGCACCUGGAAGCCUAACCCUGGUCUCCUACAAAAGCAGGCUGACUAUGUGGCACUGGAAAAGCCAAUUGGUGUACUCUUUCCUAGAAAGGCCAUUUUUCCCACUCCAAGACUUCCUCAGUUGUCCAUAUUUCUUUGGGUAGAACAGCAGUCUUGUGGACUCUUCUCUGUCAAGUUUGACAUGCUCAUUGGUGUCAUCCUUGCUCAGUUCAUGUUUGGGAUGAUAUGUUGCCAAGACCUUAGAGAUGUGGCUUCUGGAAUGGCAGUAAAAAUCUUCUUGUUAUGGUUUGUUGGUGCUGCUGUUGCUGCUGUCCUUGUACUGUCUCUGCCUUACAGACAUCACAAAGUGCAUAGAGCACUCUAUAAGAAGCUGGUAACUGAACUGCAAAGAGACCAACAAGAAGAAAUUGUGAACGCACACAAUGCCUUCAGGAGAAAAGUGUCCCCACCAGCCAAGAACAUGGUGAAAAUGAGUUGGAGUCUAGCUGCUGCAGAAAACGCUAGGAUCUUGGCGAGGUAUUGUGACAAGGCAGAGAGUGACCCGCUUGAGAGGAGACUUGACAAUACAUUUUGUGGAGAAAAUAUGCAUUUGGAAUAUUACCCCUUCUCCUGGUCAAAGGUAAUUGAAAGCUGGUACAAUGAGUCCAAACAUUUCAAAUAUGGAGAAUGGCCUUCAACAGAUGAUGACUUUGAGACUGAACACUAUACUCAGAUGGUCUGGGCCUCUUCCUACCUAAUUGGUUGUGAAGUUGCAUCAUGUCGCAGACAAAACACAGCUACAUAUCUCUAUGUGUGUCACUAUUGUCAUGAGGGAAAUUAUCCUGACAUGCUAAAUAAGCCUUAUAAGGAAGGCUCACCAUGUGGAGAUUGUCCAGAUCACUGUGAAGAUGGACUGUGCACUAACCCUUGCCUUUAUUACGAUGAAUACAACAACUGUGACAAACAAAUGAGACUUAUUGGAUGCUCACAUCCAUCAGUUCUGCAAUUCUGCAAGGCUUCUUGUCUGUGUAAAACUGAAAUAAAAUAACUGGCUAUUGUCGACUACUGUGCUGUGAAGCUUUCAUCUGUACUAGACAUGAAUCAGUGUG